GUCCAGAGGCGGACGUUGAUUGCAGUGGUUUGCUGGAAGCCUCACUUCAGCCAUGGUUGAGCAAAGUGUUGGCAGGGAUGGCUGGAGGCAUUCGACGAGUGGAACACGAGUGCACUGUAGCGUAUGUGAACUUCACUACCCAAGGUGAUGGGGAGAUUGAGGGUGAUGGGGCUGACCAUGAAUCCGAAGAUGAACCUUGUUCAGACGCCAUCUUGCGAGAUUUCAAUUACAGGUUGAAAUGCAUCCUGAUGGAGAGGGAGCGGGGUUUGACUGUCAAGCAAGCUGUGGCUUCGUUUGAGCCAAGCACCCUCUACGGGAACCGUGUGGGGUUUCAGGACAUCCUUCUGGUGACCAGCUCCAAAGGAAACAACAUUUUCCACAAAAGCAAGUUGUGGAAAACAGCUUUGGUGACUGACAUCAGCAUGUUGCCCCGGCAGCAAAUGCUGAAGCCUCCAAGACCAGACAACCGCUAUGGAGUGGACACCCGCUUCACAAAGGUUCAGGAGAUGAAGCAGGCUUCAUUUGUGUCUGGCCUGAUCGCUAACAAGCUCUUUGCCAUGUGCCGCAGUGCCGAGUACACCAUCCCCGGGUUCCCUGACUUCCAAGCAGCCAUCAAGGACUUGAAGAAGUCCACAUCUCAGGAUUCUUUUGAACUGUGGAACAUUUUCAUUGGCGUGGUGCACGGACAGCCUGGGCGUUGGUUGAGCUUCCAACUUAUUGAUUGCGAUUCCAGAGUCAUUUUGGAACGCCAGCGCUCAGUGCCGUCACACUUGGAGUCUGAAAGCUUUUGGAACAAGGUGAUGCCUCUGUGGGGGUUGAUCAAAGCUCUGGAGGAAGCAGGGGAAGUGAAUUGCAAGGUUGCUGAACACAGGCUGACCAAGGAUGCUGGCUCCAUCAAGAUUGAGCCAGAGACCACCGUGUGCUUUUUACUUGACGCCUUGAAGGCAAGUGCCUUGACCUUUGGUGCCAAGACGGACUUGGCCAAGACUCGAUCGAACAAGACUGUCUCCACCGUUUGGCGGUUGAGGUGGCCAUUUGUUGGUUUGUUCUUGACUGGCUGUGUGGCCUUGGCAGGCUUCACAAUGAAGGCAGUGAGGGCCCUCAAUUGGUUCCAGUGA